CUGGACUCUGAGGACAGAUGAUGGGGGUUAUAGGCUACAGCGGUGCGGUGGAUGUGGUUUUUCGUUAAGUGCUGCUGGCCUGGCUGACAGCUCCAUGAACGCGCCGUGGAAGUUUGGCUGAGGAGCUGCGCGCAGCAUGGGCACCGGGGGUUACAUCUGCGUAACGCUGCGCGGUGGUGCGCCCUGGGGAUUCACCCUGCGAGAGGGAGAAGGGGACACCCACAGACCUCUUCUAGUUUCCCAGGUAGAGGAGGGUGGUCGUGCCUCCCUGGUUGGAGUACAGGAUGGAGAUGAGGUGGUGUCAAUCAACGGGGAGCCGUGUGCUGACCUCACCCUUUUACGAGCGUUUGCGCUAAUCGACACAUCAGUCGACUGUCUGCAGCUGCUAGUCAGAAGAUACCACUCCAUCCUCACUGAAGACUAUGAAUCAGAUGAAAUGCAAAGCAGUGAGAGGGCCUCUGCUGGUGAGACUUUAGAGAGCACCACCCUUCACAUCUUCCCCCCAAAGCAAACAUCCCAAAUCCCAAAUCCUGAAUCCCCGGAUGAAACCUACAGCAAAGAGUUUAAUAUCAACACAGAGUUUUCCAAGGAAGGCCAGCUGCUUUGCACUCAGCUACAUGUUCCCUCAUCUAAGGAAGAAGAUGAUAAAGUACAGCGGUGCUUCUCACCAGGGGACAUGGUGGAGCUCCAGGUGUCCCUGUCUGAGCAAACCUUGGAUGAUGUGGGUUGUGCCUCGCUCGGAAGUGCUCGUGGGAUUGAUGGGGACCUCUCAAACCGGGAGGCUGUGGAGGCUGUCCAUAUCACCAAUGCUGCCACUGCAUUGCGCUCCGUCAGGGAGCCGCUAAGCCAUCAUGGAGUGGUUCUCAACUCCCCUUUAAUGCUGGGGCAGGUGGAGGUCAUUUUGGAGGCAUCAGGAGUAGGGAGGGGCCUCCAGAGUGGAGGUGGCACUCAGGACAGGGAAACAGUUGGUUCUCAAAGUGAAGGAGAAGAAGAGGACUGCAGUCCUGCAGAAGAGCAGGACUCUGAUUCUGAAGGAGUUCAAGACAAACCCAACAAGCAUCGGGCUAGGCAUGCCAGGCUCAGGCGCAACGAGAGCAUUUCAGAGAAACAGCUAAAGGAAGCCAAGUCCAAAUGUAAACGAAUUGCCCUUCUUCUUACGGCUGCUCCGACCAACCCCAAUAACAAGGGGCUGUUGAUGUUCAAGAAGCAUCGUCAGAGAGCUAAGAAAUUCACGCUGGUGAGCUACGGCACAGGAGAAGACGAGCCAGAGUACAGCGACGAGGAGUACGAGGAAAACCUGGACAGCAGACAAGAAACCUUUAUCCUUGUGGCCCCAAACGAGUCUGAAAUAGAUAAGCCUUUUCUCACUAGCACCCACAGUGGCAAAAGUGUGCUAACUUUGACCUUGGACAAGGGUCUUCUUGAAAUCGAAAGGAAUUUGAAGAACCAAGCAGAGAUGGAAUCUUUGCCUGAAACCAAAGGCAAGGGUGCGCUGAUGUUUGCCCAGCGUCGCCAGAGGAUGGAUGAGAUUUCUGCCGAACACGAGGAGCUUAGGCGCCAAGGGAUCCCCGUUGAAGCGGUGCAAGAGGCUGAAAAGAAAAUAGUGGAGCAUUCCUACAUGCAGUCCGCUGCAGAAGGCCGCAGUUACAUGGAUGUAAACGUGCACCAGCAAACCCAGCAACAGUACCAGCAGUUUCAAGAACAACAGUACUAUGAGCAACAGCAGAACUACCAACAACAACAACAACAACAAUAUCAGCAACAAUAUCAGCAGCAAUAUCAGCAACAGCAAUAUGAGCAAAGUCACUAUCAGCAACAGCAAAUGUAUCACCAGCAGCAAGAAUAUCAUCAGGAGCAACAAAAAAUGCAGCAGUAUUCAGCAACUGUCAAUGGCACAGUCCAACAUCAAACAAAUGAAAUGCAGAGCUCUUUCAGCAAUCGUACUGCAAAGCCUUUCUCAGCAGACAACAUGGCGCCCACCCCUUAUUCUCAUGCAACGAGUGGGACCAAUCAAGAUUCUGUGGGUCAAGGGGAGCAGAUUGCUACCCGUGAUGAGCGCAUUUCUACUCCUGCAAUCAGGACGGGCCUUUUGUUGGAUUCGAAGAAAAAGAAUGCAGCCAAGCCUAUGUUCACAUUUAAGGAAGCCCCAAAAGUAUCCCCAAACCCAGCAUUGCUGAACCUCCUAAACAAAGGUGAUAAAAAGCCCGGGUUUGAAUCAGGACCUGAGGAUGACUAUCUUAGUCUUGGAGCCGAGGCUUGUAAUUUCCUUCAGUCUCAGCGUGUCAAACACAAGAUUCCUCCACCAGUUGCCCCAAAGCCUGUGAUCAAUCCCAACUCACCUCCUUGGUCCUCGCAGAUAGAAGCAACCAACCAGGAGAUGCCUCAGUGUGCUGAAAAUAGUCUAUCCACACCUGCUGCAGCCCCCACCGCAGAGACUACUCCUGCUCCACAACUAGAGCCAACCCCUGCACCUGCCCCUGAGUCUUCUCCCCCUGCUGCACCCCAGGAGAAUCCUGGCAGUACCAACAAAGAGGAACAGCACACAUGGCCGCUGCCAGAACCCGAAUCUCAACAACAGCCCACACAAGCUGUAGCUCAAGAGGCAAAUGGUCAUAUGAAUUCUACACUGCAGUCUGAGUCGUCUGCUGUGACUACCUGGGGUGCAGCUCAAACACAAGUGCAACAACAGUUAUCUUCAAGUUCUUGGCAUUCAGCUCAAGUGCAGCCCUCAGACCCACCUCCAAGACAGUCCUCACCUCACCCACCUUGGGUAUCACAUCAGCCUACUCAGAACCAGGCACAGCAACCUCCCACAAGUACUUGGACCCCUCAAAUUCAGCAGUCCUGGACGCAGCCUCCAGAGCAAUCACAAGCCCAAGCACAUGUUCAGCCAUCCUGGGCCCAGUCACGAGAGCAACCCCAGUCUCAGCCGCAGGUUCACCCACCUUGGGCACACUCUACUGAGCAGCCACAUCUACAGCAAAUGCAGCCCAAUUGGAGUCAAGCCCAAGAACAAAUGCAGCCACAACACCAGAACCAAUGGACACAGCCAUCACAAACAGACUCUCAACAUCAACCAGCAUGGAUGCAACAACCUCAUAAAAAAUCCCAAGCACAAACUCCUUGGGUUCAAGGGGUACAACCAGAAUCCCAGCCACAGCCGCCAUGGGUUCAGCAAGCACAACAUCAGGCUCCUCCACAAUUAUGGCCACAGACUGAAGCACCAGGUCAGCCUCAACCACCUUGGGUAUCAGCUCAGCCACAACAGCAACAGCUACCCUCAGUGAAUGCAUGGGCCCCAUCACAAACUCAACCCCAAGCUCAGCCACCCUGGAUCCAAGUAGCUCAACCACAACCUCAAGCACAGCCUCAAGCCAAUUUAAAUCCAUGGGCGCCAGUACCUGCCCAGACUCAGUCUCAGCCUCCAUGGGCUCAACACCCCCCAGAGCACGGUCAACACCACAUAAGUUCUUGGACUCAAGAGCAAGAUCAGGCCCGCCAUCAGUCUCCAUGGGCUCAACCUGUUCCAGCCCAGCCAGCACCACAGCCAAAGUGGCAACAGCCUACAUCAAAGAGUCCACCACAACCACCAAUGAACACAUGGCAACCAGCUCAGACACAGCCUCAGACACCUGUGAAUGCCUGGACUCCACAAUCACAGCAAAAACCUGUGAAUAUUUCCACACUGACAGUGAACACUCGCCCCUCUCCAAAACCUUGGCAACCACCACAAAAUGCUCCACAAAGCCGAUCCCCUCCUACUCCGCCACAGCGAAUGCACUCUUUCACUAUUGGUCAAAGAGUUUCAUCGCCCAUCAACCCAAUGGCUACUGUCUUAAACCCAUCAUCCCAGGGUUCAGCAUUUGAGAUGCCAGCUGUUAAAGGAAAAGGAGCUGAUAUGUUUGCAAAGAGGCAGUCUCGAAUGGAGAAGUACAUCGUGGACUCUGAGACGGUGGAAGCAAAUAAGGCAAGCAGGUCAACAUCACCAGCAGCUUCCUUACCAAAUGAGUGGAAAUACACUCCCAAUGCCCCUGGCAGGAGCUACUCCCUUUCUCCACCAGCCAGAGUACAGUCCGCGGGCCAGAAGUCAGUUUCAACUUCUUCCUCCCCAAAGCCCCCAGCACUGGGCUCCACAACUCCCUCGGCAAGGCAGACAUCCUGGGUGGAAAAAAGCCAAAAGCCCCUCACACCAUGGGAGGCUGCCUCCCGGCAUCCCAUGGGCCUGGUAGAUGAAGCUUUUGCUUUCCAGAGCCUCCAGCAAACCCUUGCCUCGAAUGUGUGCUUGGCAGCCCAGCGCAAAAUCUUGCCUGAGCCGCCAGCAGAGUGGAAAGCCAGGGUUUCUUACCAAGCACCGCAGAAGACAGGCAGCCAGACUUGGAGCCAGAGCCAGAGCCAAAGCCGGAGCCUGAGUCGAGCUUCGCUCCCAUCGUUUGUGUCGCCAGUAAGGAGCUCUAUCUUCACCCCAGUUAGUCAUGCCGGUUACAGGUCCCUGCCCAGACAGUGGCAGCCUCAGAAAUCUGCGACAGAGGCUAACCCGAGGCCCUCGGUGUCUUCAUUUGAGUCUAAGAGCCCUUUCGGAAAGCAAACUUGCAAGUCUGUGUACACCAUCAACACUUGGAGCUGGAGGCGGUAGACUACAGUUCAGCCUGUGUGGUCUUUAAUGAGUCAAAUCUCAUUUAUUCUGAGUUUCAUAAUACAUUCACAUGCAGUCAGGCCAUUUUUAAAGAAAUAAAAAAACAACAGUUUGUUAGAAAGGAGAGAAAGUUAACUGUUAGAGAACCUUUUGUUAGAUAUUUGCAUGCCAAAAUUAAAUAAGAAAAGAUGUGGAAAAAAUGGAUGGCAAACACACUGAUGUGGAAGACUAGUUGAUUAGAUAAAGAGAUGAGUAUGUUGUUUAGAGUGGCUAGAGAGAGUGCAUCGAUAUCUUUGGUGGAAAAAGCAUUUGAUUGCAUAUGUGGACUUACCCGUGAUUGGAAAGAGAUCGAAAAAAAAAAAAGACACCUGUCAUUUUGUAGGUUUUAAGUGAAGAUUGUUUCUUGAGUUGUUCUUGAGCUUGUGGAUUCCCAGUAAUCAGAGUUUGAUAUUUUGCUGUGGAUGCAUGCAUCUGCCAUGUUGGUUGCUACCAUGGGUGUACACGUUUCUUUUUUUUUCUUCUUUUUUUGCUUGUUUUGCAAAAUCCAUCAAACGUGGAAACAGGAUUUGUGGUGUUCUCUAAUAAGAAAAUGAUUCAAGUGCUAGAAUGCAAUUACUUUGGGAAAAGGUGCCAUAACCUGUGAUGUUGUUGGUGCACACUACUUUUCAGUAAUGCACGGGUAUGUGGCCAUUACCCUGGUUCUGCCAGAGGUUUCUUCCUGUUAAAAGGUAGCUUUCCCUUCCCAGUGUCACCAAGUGCUUGCUCAGAGAGAGUUGUUUGAUUGUUGGGAUUUUCUCUGUAUUAAUGUAGGGUCUUUACCUUUCAGUAUAAAGUGCUUUGGGGCAACUGUUUUUGUGAUUUGGCGCUAUAUCAAUAAAAUUGAAUUGAAUAGACAUUUCAGCUGUCUAGCAUCACAUGCAUAACAGUAUAUACUGUAUAGGAGACAAUCAAAUGCAGUAUGUAAAAUGACUGACAAGUUUUUGUUGGGAGUGAAUUUCAUCGACCGCUUCAUACCAAUGAAUUCUAAUCAACACUACAAAAAAGGUUUUUGUUUAGUUUAUGGAAGGUUUACUGCUGCCAGGGCGAUUGCUUACACUGUGCAGUUGGCUUGUGGCUUAUUUCUGGUUUGGGCUUUUGCUAUCGACUUGUAAUCAUCUCCAAAUGUUAAAGCUGCGUUGGUGUUUCCGCAGAGUGCGCAUAAUGUCCUAAUGCGAUUCUCACUGAGCAACCUCAUAAAUGCAAAUAAGAUUUAUUACACAGCGUUGUGUUUUAUGCAGAUGUACUAUAGUGUAGCGUAACAAUCUCUGAUUGUUUUACUGUAUCACUUCCAUUCAAACAAUACAUAUUAUGGUCGUAAUACAAUAGCAGCAAUCCAUUUCUGUUCCAAGCAAAGAUAUAGAUUCAUGUAAAGCAUUCUAUAAAAUAAAUGCAGUAAAAUAUCACAAUUUAA